AUGUCAAAAACAGAAAACAGAUUAAAAAAUAAACUUGAGGCUAUAAUGAAGUUUCAAAAUUAUUCAACUUCACCCACAACAAAAACGACAUCAAGUUCGUCUUCUCGUAAUAGUGCUGUUGAAAAAGCAUUAUGUUUCUUUCGUUCACUUGAACUAAAACAUAUUGAUUCAUUUCGAUCACGAAAUUCAUCGAAAAAUGGUGGUAAUAGUAGCACUACAUCAUCAUCACCAAAACGAAAUGGAAAAAAUAAUUCUUCUUUACCAGUAUCACACAAUUUAUCGUCUAGUUCAUUGUCAUCGAUUGAUGAUACCCAUAACAGUCAACGUAAAAUUGUCUGUUAUCCUACUCCUACCGAAACACUCUCACCAUCCUACGCUCAAAAAAUAGAAUUAUGUCGAAUAUCGUCAGAUAAAAAACAAAAUAUUGUUGUACAUCGAGUAAAAGAUACAAAUUCUUUCUUAUAUAAACAACAACAACGACAACAGGUUCCGAUACCAUGUAAAGAAAUACCGUUCAAAAACGAUCCAUAUCAAACUUGUUAUUCAGAAUUAAAGACUCAAAGGCAACAAAAUCCAUCAACAGUGGUAUCAUCAUCUCCAUUAUUAUCAAAUUUUCGUACAAUUCGCUAUGCCAAUGUAAAUAAUACGAGAAAUAAUGUUCCUGUUGUCGUUGAUCAUUAUUCUUCAUGUGAUGAAACAGGAGAAUCCUCCUCAUAUUAUUCACAAUCAUCAAAUCGUAUGAUUAAUCAUAAUUCGACAUCGUUGUAUCGUUAUCGUCCACUUGUUUGUCGAAAUUUAUAUAAUGAUUAUAAUAAUAAUCAUUUGUUGAAUAAUAAUGGUGGUAUGAUGUCAAAUAGUUAUCAUGAAACAACAUCAGAUAUUCCUCCAUCUACCACUACUCUAAUACGUACAUUAUCCUCAACUGAACGUGAUUAUUAUUCAACAUCAUCAACAACCAUGUCAAGUUGGUCAAAUACUGUUAGACGAUUAAACACUGCUUAUUCAUCAACAAUCAAUUGUCUAAAUGAAACGAUAUCACAUUCAUCAGAUUAUCAAAACCAGAAAAAAAUUACAAAAGGAGUAGAAAUUAAAUAUCCAAAAAUAACAAAAUCAUACAAUAGAGAUGACAUACCAACAACAAUAUCAUCAUAUGCUAAUAUUGUUGCAAAUAAAAUUUCAAGUCUUUCAUCAACAGUUGAAAAUCAAACUUAUGCAGAUAAUUCAAGUUUUCUUUAUCCAUCGGAAGAUAAACACCAGCCAACAAAUUUUGGAACAAGUUAUUGUGUUUCAGGUAUACAAUUAACGACACCAUUAAUCGAACAAGACAAAGAUAAUAGUACUGGUGCUGAAAAUAAUACUUAUCCUCUUUCUACAUCCUCGUCUAUUUCAUGCGCCACUCAGCCAUUGUUUAAAUCAUCUUUUGAAAAAACUAAUCAAGAUGCAACACGAUCUCCAGUAUCUUACACAUUACCAAUCUCAUUGGUAUCACGUCGACGACAAUUCACAGCUUCUUCAUCUAUAACGUCUUCAUCUUCUUCUGCAUCUUCGUCUUGUUCAACAAGUCCAAGAAGCAAUAGAACUCCCCUAUUACCAUCCAAACUCAAACCACAAGAAAAAACAAAUAUUUUUAAACCAACAAUCGUUUACAUAACCAAACCAACUGAACUUGAACAAUUUAAUCAAAAAAUAAAUCAAGAAAAACCUGUUGAGAAAAAAAACAAUGAAAAUGGCAUUGAUAAUGAAAAACAAGAAUCAAUUGCGAAUAUAAUUAAAAAAUUUAAUAAAAUUAUAGCAACUGAUACAACAACAACAACCACAAGUGUAAUGAAAAAUGAGGAUGUUUCAGUACCACAAUUACCUACCAAUAUUUUAUUAACCAGAGCAAAAUCGUUUAGCGAUCAUCGUCCUCCUGAGGACAUCACGAUUAAGAAUAUUGAAGCAGUCUCUUUAGAAGAAAAAUUAGGUGAAACAUUAUCGACAAAACCUAAAAGCUAUAAGCUUGAUAAUUUCGAAACAUCAUUCGAAAAAGAAGAAGUAGAACAACAACAAGACUAUCGCAAGACAAUUAUUAAUCAUCCAGUAGAAAGCAGUCUCAUUGAUGAAGAAAAAGCAUUUUCGUUUUCAUUUACUUUUGAUAAAAAUAAAUUAUUCGAUGAUCAAUAUCGAUCAUCACCAUUUGAAUUUAAAGAUAAUUCACCAUCUCCAUCACCGUUACCGUUACAAUCCACUGAACUUGACGAAGAAGAAGAUGAGAGUAGUAGUGACGAAACAAAUUCAAAAGAAGAGACAACGUAUACGGUCGAAACAUUUUAUAAAAGUGAUUUAAAAACACCAUAUCUAACGAACAAUCAUCAAGUAGUAGUCAUUAGAGAAAGUACAACAGAAGAACAAUUUAAUGUUGCCGAUACAUUGACUAAACAACCAUCAUCAUCUGUUAUCACAACAUUAGAACUACCUUUAUUAAAACAAUUUAACACUGGUACUGUUAUUGAUGAACUUUCACCAUUGCCACUAAUUGUUCAAAAUGAAGAAACAAAAUUAACUCCUCCAGUUCCUGAAAAAUCACCUACAAACAUUAGAAUGAACAAUAAAAUAACAAAAUCAUUACCAUUACCUAAACAACAAUCCAAACCAAUAGUAGCAUCGCCAAGAGCAGUAAUUAAUCAAAAACCAGUUGUCAUUAAACAAAUUCCAAAAUAUACACUGAAAAAAUCUGUGCGAAAUGAUAAUAAACCAAAAGUAGUUCAAAUUAAAAAACCACAAUCAUCUCAAGUUACCACAUCAAAGUUAACGACAUUCAAUCAUCAAGAUCAGAUGGGAGUGACAAAAUUGUUAUCACCAUUAUCGAUGAAACCCACACUAGUUAAACAAAAGCAAUUGACACCACAGCAUCCUGUUUUAACGUUUCUUAAUCUUAGUAUUAAACAAACAUCGAAACAAAUACAGACACCACCAACAAAACUAGUUGGUAAUAAUGAAGCAGAUAAAAUUCAAAAUGAUCAACAUCCAACAUUUUCUGAUCAGUUAAUACAACAGGUGAUUAAUGAUGAUGAUAAUGAUAAUAUAACGAUUAAUCCAUAUACAAAUUCGUUUGUUCAAGUUCAUAAUAAUACUGAUCAAUUUCAGCAUAUCAAUAAUAAUAGUAAUGCUGAAUGUUCUUGUUCUUCAUCGACAUCUUCGUCAUGUUCUACAUCAUCAAGUGUAUCAACUGUUUUAAAUAAUGAAAAUAAUAUGACAACAAAAAAUAGUAGUCCACCACUAUCACCUAAUUUAAAUAAUAAUAAUAAUAAAAUUUUAUUAACAAAACCAGUCAAUGGUAAUUAUAAAAAGUCAAUAAUACCAUUAUCACAAAAACGUGUUGAAACACUGGCAAAUCGUGUCACAACUCUUCGUCCAUUAUCAACGAUAAAAAAUACAAUUAAUCAACCUCAUCAUUCAAUAGGAGAUGAAUUAUCGCGUUUUAAAAUUACAAAUAAUAAAAUUAGUGACAGAAACAAUAGUACAACACUACUACCAACAUCUAGUACAUUAAAACAUCCAAUCAAUAAAACUAUUCACGUUAAUAACAAUAAUAAUAAUAAUAAUAUAAAAAAAAUUAUUACGAAACAACAUAAAAAAUCUACGGACGACGACCAUAAUAAUAAUAUGUUAUCAAAACAAAAUAAUAUAGACUCAUCAGAUGAUAUUGUUCUAGAAAUUCAAACAGUUUCGUUUGGAAACGUCAUAAAUGAACUGAUGUAUCGUGAAAAACAAAGUCUUGUUCGUUUAGAUCCAAUUGAAAAAGAUGAAUCAAUACGUUCGGUGAGCAAUGAUGAUCAUCCUCAAAGUGGAAAACAAACGGAAUCAUCUUCAAUUUUAUUACCACAAUCAAAAAUAUAUAAAAAUCGAGUUCGCACAAUGGUAAAUCAAUUGAACGCUGUUCAAACAACCCCAUCAUCUGUGCCAUCAGCACCACGUAUGGAUAAUAAUAAUAAAUUGAAAAAUGGAUCAUCAUCACAACAACCACAACAACGUCAAACGCUAACACGACGACAAUCAACUGAACCUGUGAAUCAUGCUACACCUGCACUGCAUACGAAUUAUGCCAUUGUUACGCCUACAACGGAAGAUUACGUAACAAAAGUCGACGAUAAACAAAAUUCAACUAUGUCCGAUUAUUCUACGAAAAAGAACACAUCCAUUCCAACUCCAACAGCAUUAACUCCGAUGAAUAACGGACGACCGAUAUUACAGCGUGCUGUCACGAUUAGUGAACCAAAAGUUAAUACCAAUAUACCAUUAUCUUAUAAACGAAGAGUACCUUUAAUACGAUCGACAUCGAAUGUCAAAGAUGGACUGAUGAGAUGGUGUCAAGCACAAGUCAAAGAUUAUCCGAAUGUAAAUGUGACAAAUUUAUCAAGUUCCUGGAGUGAUGGUAUGGCAUUUUGUGCCUUAACUCAUAAAUUUUUUUCCGAUGCAUUCGAUUAUAAUACACUCAAACCAACAAAUCGAAAAGAAAAUUUUGAACUUGCUUUUAGAGUAGCUGAAGAAAGAGGUGGAAUUCCAAGAUUACUUGAUGUUCAAGAUAUGAUAACAAUGGGUAAUUCACCAGAUUAUAAAUGUAUAUUUACCUAUCUUAAUUCAUUUUUGAGUAAAGUCAAAGAUAUACAUUCAUAA